CCCCGGGGUUCCUCCGCCGCCCGACCAUGGCCCAGAAGCCGAAGGUAGACCCCCACGUCGGCCGGCUGGGAUACCUGCAGGCGCUGGUCACGGAAUUCCAGGAGACCGAGAGCCAAGACGCCAAGGAGCAAGUACUGGCCAACCUCGCCAACUUCGCCUAUGACCCCAGUAACUACCAGUAUCUGCGGCAGCUGCAGGUCCUGGAUUUAUUCCUCGAUUCACUGUCGGAGGAGAAUGAGACCCUGGUGGAGUUUGCUAUUGCCAACGUCCCCAAUCCCAAGAGCAACAGCUUUCUUAGCAUUGAAUCCCUCCGUGGGAUCCUCUGGAGAUUAAAAUUCUCUUGUAUUUAUUGUGCCUAACUUAAGAGGAAAGUCCCAGUGGUGCUCAGAAGCCUAUUUUGUUACUCUUGCUGUUUCCUUUUCUGUUCAUGUCUGUGGUGCUAAAUGGGAAACACUGUCAGUGCUUAUUCUGUGCUGGGCUUUGUAGCGUUGAAUCUCUUGUCUCUGGUGGCAGGUCUGAGACGGUGAUCUGCAUGAGACCAGCGUGCCUUGCGUAUCUUUGUUAUGUCUUGAACGCUCAGGCCUUUUGGCCUGGGACGAGGAUGGGGCCGGGGAAUGUGUGCAGAGUCCUGGCCAUGACUUGGCGCUGCAGCCCUGAGUGCGUUUGGUUCUGGAAUAACUGCUGGCUUAGAUCGCCCAUGGCCAUGGUUCGGCAGAACCGAAACCAGUGUUGGUUUGUUGGCAAGGAAUGUAGGGAGUUUGGUAAGAGCGGGGCUUUGGGGUCAGGCAGGCCUGGGUUCAAGUUCUCACUCCCCAACUUAACUCUGGGCAUGUGAUUUCCUUCUCCCAUCAUCAGUCAGGCGGGGGAGGAUCACUACCUGCCUCACAGAGCUGUUGAGAGAAUUAAAUGAGAUAAAGUGCCUGCAGCUGCAAGGUCCCCUAGGUAUCCAGACCCCUUUGAGGAUAAACAGUUCCCGAGUCUCCCAGAGAGGUGAGGUAGGAUAGGAUAGUGUCUUAUCACCCAUCUGUUCCAGGGAUUCGGUCCUUCUGGAAAAACAUCAUUGAAUGAUAGGAAAAGGUAUGAAAGUUGAUCUUUAUUCUCGCAGUGGGUGACCGGGCAGUAGUAGGAGGAAGUACCACGGGGAGACAGGCAUUGGUCAGGCCAGAGCCACCCUCAUUUGGGAUGGGGGAUAGGAAGUGGACGAAUUAUCCGGAACCAGAUAAAAAGCCAGGAUCUCAGUAAAUACUUGAAUGAGCCAGAGAAUUCAGAGCUCAUGCCCCAAAUAAAAACUCUGGCAGGCUUUGGCAUUAAUUUGGGAGUGUUGGACUGAAGCACCAUUGGUUGAUUCUCUGGUGUCUUAUAUGCUGUGUGUGCACACCUACACCAUUCUAGAUGGUGUAUGGAGAUGUAAAGGAACCAGGAGAUAAUUCUCUGCUUCCAUGAAAACUGGCUGAAUCCUAGUAUAUCACGGAAUACUCGGCAGUUUUGUUACUACAACAGGAUGCAAGUAGGUGGCCUCCCACGGUUGAGGUUAAAUUGCUUUCCUGUGUUCUAGUUCCUGCAAUACCUGUAGCUGCCACCAGAUGGUGGUGGUGUACCGAAAAAGGCUGGUAGAUGAAUCCUGAGCCACCUCUCUGGAAAAUAGCAUUUAGUAAAAUUGAAGAUAGGCAUGCCGCGUGACCCAGCAGUUACAAUCAUAGGGUUAGGUACAUGCACGUCCAGACACAUGCAAAAAUGGCACCAGCAGUGUUGUCUGUAACAGUCCUAAAUUGGAAACAGUCAGCAGUGGAAUGAAUUAUCAAUAUUGUGGAUAUUCAUACUGCUUAGCAAGGUAAAUGAACAAUCUACAGCUCCUUGCAAUUAUCUUAAAAACAACGUUAAGCAAAUGAUGCUAGACACAUAAUAAUAUGCACAGUGUGAUUCCAUUUCUAUAAAGUCCAAAAAGAGGCAGAACUGAAUUAUAGUAUUUAGGGGUGUGUGUGAAGUAAAAUUUUUUUAUUAAAAAUGUAAAAGGUCCUGCUUAUUAAUUUAAAAUUAUUUUAUUGCAUUGUUACAAGUCAGGAAGAGGUUCACGUCUGAGAGGGGGAGAGAACUGAAUCAGGAAAGAACGUGCAGAGGCUUCUGGACUGAUGACAGUGUUUCAGUUUUUGACCUCAGUGCUGGUUACAUGGGCACUUGCUUUCUCAUUGUUAAACCCUACCUGUAUGUGCCAGCCCUUUCUCUGUGUGUGGGUUGAGGAUAUGCCCUGUGCCAGCCUCCGAGGCUAUAAACAGGUGCAUGCUUGGUCCAUAUCUACUGUGUGCCAGGGAGGGGUCUUACAUUAUUGAAUUCUCUCUUCCCGUUUUACUGAUAAAGAAACGUAGGCUUAGAGAGAUGGAGUUGCUUGCUCUGCUCACCUGAGUCCCCUGGGGCAUUCCUGGGAUUCUAGCUAGAUCUGCCCACCACAGGGCCCUUGCUCCGUCCUCCGUCCUCUCAGGUUCCCGUGUACCUCCUCCUCUCACUGAUUGUUUGGUGUCCUGGGGUCACACAUCUUUCUGCUUAAAAAGAAAUUCCUCAGCCCUCCACUUGUUACAGGAAAGAGGUGAAUUCAAGCUCCUCUCCCCACUGCCCACUUCCACACCAGCUGGGAAGGCUGGCUCCAGGCCCCUCCGCCCUCCCUCCCCGACUGGCAGAGACCAGUCCCCCUUCCUCUCAGUUCUAGGCACAAGCAGGGUGUGCGUGUGUGUUUUAUUAACUUAUGUGAAUACAUAAUUGACUCACAUGGUACAGAAUUCAAAAGGGUAGGUAAUAAACAGUAACUCGGUCUGUAGCCUUUUCUGGAGGCAACCACUGUUACUAGUUUCUUGUGUAUCCUCCCAGAGAUAUUUUAGGGAUUGAUAAACAAAUAUGUAUAUAUUUGUUUGUAUACUAUGUAUAUACCUUUUUGCCUAUCCUACACAUGUUGUAGUAUACUGUAUCUAUAUUCUGCCUUUUUUUUUUUUUUA